AUGGCCACCAACCAAGAACUCCCAGUUUUCGACCUCUCAGUGGCUGACUUCAAUAAAGUCGGCCCUCGUCGCGCUCAUAUGGAGCGUUAUUUCCGAGCUCUCGGUUUAUGGAACGCAGACCUUGUCAAGAUGAUUCGAGAUGCGAAUGAAAAGAAGUUCUGUAUCAAGCUUCAAGAAAGAGACGAUCACGAGGUCGGCCAUCUGUACUUCGAGUGUCUCGUUGACUACGGAGUCUGGUACAGCAUUGUCGCCUAUGGCGGACUGUCACAAGAUGACCAUCCUUGGCCUGUUCCAGAGAGAACCAAACCUCGGAAAAAGGACUAUUCCAAAGGCGUCUCUCGAUUGUACAAGGGCUGGAUUCUUCGCGAAGAAUAUGUUCGAGAGUCACAGGGAGAGUCCUCCAUGGCUCCCAAGUCUGAAACCUCCGCCGCGGAUACGGCCACGUCUGGGCCGCAGAUUCAACCUGCUGUGAAAGUAGAGACUUGUCAAGAGUCUCUUGCCGUGGCCACCAGGUUCGACCCAGCGCUCCCUUUCGCCUCGCAGGUCAAGCCUGAUCCGGCCAAGAAUGCUUCUGACAACUUCUAUUGA